CCAUUUUUACAUUGUUCAAUUAUAAAGCAAUUAUGCGUUUAAGAAAAAAAGAUGAUACUUUGCACCGGCUAUUGGGAGAUGUGAGCUGGGGGAGGGAGUGAGUACGAGCGCAGAACUAGGUGACGCAUUGAGCCGACCCGAGAUGCAUUGAUCGGUGUCUGAAAUCCAACCUCUUCCUCUCUGAACAGGAGAGGGAUGCCAUCUAAUGGCAAUAUGGCGUCAAUCCUUUUUUUUUUCACCUGGAUUUAUAUAUGCAAUUUUGCAUUAAAAGAAAAUUAAAAAUCCAUCAAAGAGCUAUCUUUGCUUGGGAUUCUCGAGUUCUAAACGAACUUUUCUGGAAAUCGUUGGAAUUUUUAGUCUUGGUUUUGGCUAUUUAUUUAUUUUUUUCGUGUAUCACAUUUACAUACUCCCUAUUUAUUUAAAUAUAAUCUCAUUAAUGGAAGGAGAUGGAAAUGGUUCCGCUUUAGGUGAUGAGUCUCCCCAAAAUUUGCAGUCUGACGGGGAAGCAUCCUUUUUGAGUGGCAAUCUUUUCUUGGAUCACGUUGGGGAAGUUACUCUCACUCAAAAUCCAGAUGGGUUGUCCUGGAAAUUGCUUGAGUCCUCAGAGAAUGAAUCACGCUGUUUGGGAUUUAAACUUGUCCCAAGAGUUGCUACUGAGAUCAAAUUCUCAGAUGUGUAUGCCGUAGAGUUUUCUAAUUGCAGUUUGAUGCAUGGAUCAGAUCUCUCAAUUGCUGGAAAAUGUUUCUUGAGUCAUGGCUCUGUUGCCUCUGAGAUGUUCUGCUUUACGGUGCAUGGAUUUCAAAGGUCACAGUCUCAGCCUUGUCUUUGGGUCCUUGCUGCAUAUACUUUUGGUCACAAGGAUUUGCAGACAUGUCAGAUGUGGGUGAAUCAAGUCAAUGCUUCUUUAAAAAUGCAAAUAGGAAGACCAAAAAGUCUGCUGGUUUUGGUUAACCCAAUGAGUGGGAAAGCAAAUGGCUGUAACAUCUGGGAAAAGGUGGCCCCAAUUUUCUCUCGUGCAAAAGUGAAAACAAAGGUGAUUGUGACACUGAGGGCAGGACAUGCACAUGAUAUUAUGGUAACUACCACAAACAAAGAGCUGAAUUCCUAUGAUGGUGUUGUGGCUGUUGUAAGUGGUUAUGGUUCCUCCAUUUUGUGCAUCUUUCUCAUUAAUAUAAUAUCAAUAGCGGGUUAUCCUUCAUAUUCUAAAUUUAUGAUCUUAGAAACUCUAAAUGAUGAUUCAAAAAUUACGGGUCUCAUUUGCAGCACAACUGGAGCCCGAGACCCUAUAACAUCCGCGUUGCACAUUGUCCUCGGCAAAAGGGUGUGCCUUGAUGUAGCUCAGGUUGUGAGAUGGAAAACAAAAUCAACUUCAAAAGUUGAACCUUUUGUACGCUAUGCAGCUUCUUUUGCUGGUUAUGGAUUCUAUGGAGACGUCAUUACAGAAAGUGAAAAACUUCGCUGGAUGGGUCCCAAGCGAUAUGAUAUUGCUGGAACAAAAGUUUUCUUGACUCACAGAUCAUAUGAGGCAGAGGUAGCCUACCUAGAAGUUGAAUCAGAAAAACCCUGUGCAGCCCCUGACAAUUGCUGUCAACAGGGUAGGAUAUGGCCACUACGGAGUACAAAUAAAUCUGAAAGAGUGGUUUGCCAAGUUAACUGCAUUAUUUGUAAUACAAAGCCAAUUCCACAUGCAAAACCUUAUUCACGUCUAGAGGAAACAAGAUGGAAGAAAUCGAAAGGGUGUUUUCUUAGUGUGGCUGCUGCUUUGAUAUCAAAUCGUAAUGAAAGAGCACCUGAUGGCUUGGUGGUGGAUGCACACCUUUCAGAUGGUUUCUUGCAUCUCAUAUUGAUUAAAGAUUGCCCCCGUGCUAUGUAUCUGUGGCACCUUACCCAGCUAGCCAAAAAAGGCGGUACUCCUUUGAACUUUGAUUUCGUGGAAUAUCACAAGACUACAGCUUUUACAUUUACUUCUUUUGGCAAAGAGAGUGUCUGGAAUUUGGAUGGCGAGCUGUUUGAAGCACAUCAACUGUCAGCACAAGUAUUUCAAGGCCUUGUCUGGUUAUUUGCAUCUGGUCCAGAAGUUUAGCAGAAUACAAUACUAGAAAGUUGUCUCCAAGAUUAGCAGAGUAGAAUGGAAUUAAACCUAACUACAAACAAUUAAUAUGGUAUUUAACAUGUCAUAUAAUAAAAUCUGUAUAGUUCCCAGGUAAUGUAACUUGUUUGAAGUGUAUCAGCUGAUGAUGUUGACAAGGGGGUUGAAGAGAAUGGUUGUAUAUGUUGAGUACUGUAACAUAGGAAGGUAAACAAGCAUGUUUAUAACUAAUACUGAAUAAAAAGUGUAUCUAAUUGUUAUAUGUUUGUGAA